GCCCGCGCCGGAGGAGGAGCCGCCGCCGCGCCCUUCCCCUUCCUCCGCUCCUCCCCCGGCCCGCUCCCCGCCCGCGCCGGCCCCAGGCAGCACUCGCGAGCAGCGGCGGCCGCGGCCGGCGGCCGAGAGGGGAGAAUGCGGCGGCGCUCGCGGAUGCUGCUCUGCUUCGCCUUCCUGUGGGUGCUGGGCAUCGCCUACUACAUGUACUCGGGGGGCGGCUCCGCGCUGGCCGCGGGCGCGGGCGGCGGCGCCGGCAGGAAGGAGGACUGGAAUGAAAUUGACCCAAUUAAAAAGAAAGACCUACAUCACAGCAACGGGGAUGAGAAAGCACAAAGCAUGGAGACCCUCCCUCCAGGAAAAGUGCGGUGGCGGGACUUCAACCAGGAAGCCUACGUCGGAGGGACAAUGGUCCGCUCCGGGCAGGACCCCUACGCCCGCAACAAAUUCAACCAAGUGGAAAGUGAUAAGCUGCGGAUGGACAGAGCCAUCCCGGACACCAGACAUGACCAAUGUCAGCGGAAGCAGUGGAGGGUGGACCUGCCAGCCACCAGCGUGGUGAUCACGUUCCACAACGAAGCCAGGUCGGCCUUGCUGAGGACAGUGGUCAGCGUGCUUAAGAAAAGCCCACCCCACCUCAUAAAAGAGAUCAUCUUGGUGGAUGACUACAGCAAUGACCCUGAGGACGGGGCUCUCUUGGGGAAAAUUGAGAAGGUGCGGGUUCUCAGAAAUGAUCGGCGAGAAGGCCUGAUGCGCUCACGGGUCCGGGGGGCCGAUGCGGCCCAGGCCAAGGUCCUGACGUUCCUGGACAGCCACUGUGAAUGCAACGAGCACUGGCUGGAGCCCCUCCUGGAGAGGGUGGCUGAGGACAGGACUCGGGUCGUGUCCCCCAUCAUCGACGUCAUCAAUAUGGACAACUUUCAGUACGUGGGGGCAUCCGCUGACCUGAAAGGCGGUUUUGACUGGAACUUGGUAUUCAAAUGGGAUUACAUGACGCCCGAGCAGAGAAGAUCCCGCCAGGGGAACCCGGUCGCCCCCAUAAAAACCCCUAUGAUUGCUGGAGGGCUGUUCGUGAUGGACAAGCUCUAUUUUGAAGAGCUGGGGAAGUACGACAUGAUGAUGGACGUGUGGGGAGGAGAGAACCUGGAGAUCUCGUUCCGCGUGUGGCAGUGCGGCGGCAGCCUGGAGAUCGUCCCCUGCAGCCGCGUGGGACACGUGUUCCGGAAGCAGCACCCCUACACCUUCCCGGGUGGCAGCGGCACCGUCUUCGCCCGUAACACCCGCCGGGCAGCAGAGGUCUGGAUGGACGAAUACAAAAACUUCUAUUACGCAGCAGUGCCUUCUGCCAGAAACGUCCCUUAUGGAAAUAUUCAGAGCCGACUGGAGCUUAGGAAGAAGCUUAGCUGCAAGCCUUUCAAAUGGUACCUCGAAAACGUCUACCCAGAGUUAAGGGUUCCCGACCACCAGGAUAUAGCUUUUGGGGCCUUGCAGCAGGGAACCAACUGCCUGGACACUUUGGGACAUUUUGCUGACGGUGUCGUCGGAGUUUACGAGUGCCACAAUGCAGGGGGGAACCAGGAGUGGGCCCUGACGAAGGAGAAGUCGGUGAAACACAUGGACUUGUGCCUGACGGUGGUGGACCGGACGCCGGGCUCGGUCAUAAAGCUGCAGGGCUGCCGGGAAAACGACAGCAGACAGAAGUGGGAACAGAUCGAGGGCAACUCCAAGCUGCGGCACGUGGGCAGCAACCUGUGCCUGGACAGCCGCACGGCCAAGAACGGGGGCCUGAGCGUGGAGGUGUGCAGCCCGGCCCUGUCCCAGCAGUGGAAGUUCACGCUCAACCUGCAGCAGUAGGAGAGCCGGGGAGGCCGCGCCGGCCUGUCUCCUACACCGUCGGGCUGAGUUUGGUGAUCACGUUAUUGAUUAUGUUUCUUGAACUUUCCGCGAAACUAUAUACCUCAGUAUUCCAUCACGGUCUGAAAGUCGGAGAACUUCUGCGAGGCGCGGGGCCUGGGCGGACACGGAAGAGGCCAGGAGAGAGCAACGGCUCUCCUCCCCUCACAGGAGACAGCCGGGCCCCCUUUCCGAGGCCACGGCCCCCCCGGUGCCCCCCCCACCCCCCGGUUUCGGCCGGGGAAGCCCCGGAUGACCCCCCCAGGGACGGCGGAGAAGCGGCCCGAACGCGUACGAGUUGGGGGCAGGGAGGGUGGAAGGGGUGUCGUUGCUACGUCACCACGAGGAGAACUCUCUCGAAAUCUCCAUGUUUGAUCCCAUUGAAAUCAUGUCGGGUUUCCACAGCAGCGAACCACGUCGCUUUGCAGGUUUACGUCGUAGUCCCCUGUCCCCACUCCUCUAUUCCCAGCUGUCUUCCCAGCACAGACCCCCCCUCUUCCACAUGAUGUACUUGCUGUAUCUGAGUAUGAACUUUUCUACAGUGGGACACUAAAUAUAAGUAUAUAGAACGAACGUACGGUCAGUUCCCUAUGGUUUCUGUAGGUUGUUCUCAUCUUGUAAAUUCUCCACAGAGCAGUUCACAGCCGGAAGGAAGAGGGACGGGGCUCUCCCGGAGGGAGGAGGUGGUCUCCUUUGCCCCCUGGAGCAUCCUCGUGAGCAGGUGCUAUGGGGGCCGCUGGGGGGGGUGCUGGGGGGGGGGGGCUGCCCUACACAGGGCGCCUCUGUUGGCUUCAGCCCGGAAGUCACCGCCAAAUGUUGGGAUCCACAUUCUGUGCCCUCGGUAUCUGUAAACGUGGAUGGGUUACUUAUUUUAGCAGACGUUGCUUUGGGUCUUUUUAAAUUCCAAUUUCUUUUCUCUUAGGGAAAAAAAAACAAAAACAGAAACAGAAAAAAAAAACAAAACAAAAAAAACACCCCUUCCCACGGCCCUCAGUAGGUGAUGGCAGGAAGCUGUCAGGGACCAGCACCGGACUCAUCUGGAGAGUCUGGGCGAGCUGGCAAGGCUGGCCACGGUCCCUGGGCUCUGGAAUCUGGCCUGCCCACACUGUCCCUCCCGGGCCCAGGUGACUGCUGUCGGUCAUGGGUGUUGGGUCGACCGUUAGGAAAGGUACAAACCGAAAGACGCCUGAUCCGUUGACACGGAGGGCAUGGAACACGAGGCUUGUGCUUUAGGAAGCAGCUGUCGGUAUAAACCACGAGACCGGAACUAAAGCUACUACAGGAAGAGGCACCCGGCAAUGUCCCCGCAGAGUCCUGCUUGCCUUUGCGGCGGCCCCGCACGCAGGGACAGAGUGGCUCCUUGGUCAUUCUCGCGGCCACUGCCUCCCUCUCCCCUCUCCUGCCCGCUGCCCACACCCGGGCCCGGUCUCAAAGAGGCCGGCCACCCACAAGCUGCGGCACCGUGGGGCGCGCAUCAGAAAUUCACCUCCUCGGGCCCCUUUGGGCAGAGACUGGGAGGUCACGGAGUGAGAAGCGUCCCCAGAAGAUUCCGCUGGGUUGACGCUCUGCAAAGUGCCACUCUCUUCCCUGCCUGUUCCUCUAGGAAAGGGGAUCUUCCCGGUCUUUUGUUCCCCACUGCACAAGCCCUGCGCGUGUUUGCUCCAGGACGCUGGGCUCGGGCGUAGAGGCGUGGCCGGGUGACUGUCCUGUGUCUUCCUUUCUGGCCCCCUGCCAAGCACCCAGAGGUGCUUUCAGCGGGCAGGGAGGCCCUAGCCGGCUCGACGCGGCACACCUGUGUCCUCAGAGGCUGGUCUCGACUCCAGGUGGGCCCCUGGGGAGAGCGUCGGGUACCCGCGCGAGGCUGUGGGACGCAGGCGGGGCGGGAACCAGUGUCUACAGGUGAGCUAUGUUUACAUGACACAGUGUGCCAAAGUGACUUACUGUGGUUGCGUUAUUUUUUUAGUCAUCGGGACGAUCCCACCCUCUCCCGUUUUUACAAGUACGGAUUCUUUUCCUAAGAGCCCUUUGAGCAAAGCGUGGCAAAGUGAGUCGUCUUCUCUGUGGUGGUCUUUUCUUAUGUCCUCAUAAACGCUAAAAACGAUGGUAUCUGUGAGUAUGUUUUGCAAACUCAAAAUAUAGUUUGGUAAAUUUUUUUUCCAGUUGAUUUUUAAAAAGAACUGCUGUACAGAGCUUGUACUUUGUCCAUUUUAUAGAUGGAAACCAUCCUCGAAAAUUGUUUAACUUAAAUAAAGAGAAGAUACUUUAUAGAUAA